AUGUCGUCACUAAAAGUCUCUGAGGACCAGCAAGGAUCCUUUCGAGCACCAUUCUCAAAUCUCGUGAAAUUCCUAGAGAAGAGCUUUCGUCAUAAGGGACCGGUGAGUAUUCCAAACGAGGUCAAGAAGCUAUUCCAAAACCCGAUUCUGCCUGCCGAAAGCUCUCCUCUUCGCGAUCUGUUGAAAAUACUCAACAAUGGCCGUCCAAAGAACAUAUUGCGCCUGGAUCCUGAAGCUUUCAAUGGAGUUGUGUCGAUUGUGCUAGAUUUCCCUCACUCGUCGAUACAAAACAAACUGCUCUACCUCUUCAUGGUCCGAGGUGAAACUCUUCUGGUAGACCUGUUCGACGACCCAACUCUCUUACAAAUUCAAGCGGAAAAUGCCACACUACACAGGAUGCAAGGACGAAUGGACAACCUAGGAAAAGUAUUGGCUCCUUGUGUCCUGCGCCAUCUUGUGUGCCGCGAAAAGGAUAUCCAAUUGCGUUGGAGGGCUGCUCAACUGCUCUCGUUGAUACUUCAUCUAAGCGAAGGCGCGGAAGAACACGUCACGCGACUGGACGAGUGUUUCCUCUUGGUUGAUAUUCUUGAGGUAGAGGAGAGCUCCUUCCUUCGCGUCUUGGUGGCCGAUAUUGUCCGAAAGCUACUUUCAAGAGGAGUCGAACGAGAUUUCUUCAGGAAUGUAUGCAGCACGCCGAGGACGAUAGACGAUUUCCCCGUAGCGGCGAGUGCCGAUUCAACAUGGAUAGACAAACUGAUCAACCACUUGAACGAGAUUAACCCUACACGAGCCUUCGUCGGAAAGUCCGAACAAAUAUUCAAAGUACGGCAGCUAGAUUGUGGAAGCGACACGUACUUGGAAAGUUCAUCCGAAUUCAUUGCAGUGAUUACGAACGAGGUCAAUUUUCUCCUCCCCAAUAGAUCGGAUAUUCCGAUAUUGAUUUCUGUACCUAUCACGAAAGAUAUGUCUUUCACUUCCAUCACACCGGAAUCAGACUCCGCAUCAUCUUCGCUUGUCGAGAUCCAUUAUCCCGGAAAUGAUGGUUAUAGAACCGUUAACGGAAGCAAAAGUGCUAUUGACACCAUCACGUUGGGGUUCUUUGAUGCGGAAUCGGCAGAAGCUUUCUCCCGGUUGCUCAGAGAACAACAAAACAAUGAUACAUCACAUUCAAUGGAUAGCGAUCCAAAAGUGGAAGACGUUCGGUUAAGGGAAUCCAAGAAACAUUCUAUGGCGCUUAUCGACGUGAGUUGGGAUUCUGAUGAUGACCAGUCGAUGAUCUCUUCCAAAUCGAAACGAAUCCGAAAGGAGACUUCUAGCGCUGAAGUCUCGUCGCCACUGCACAAUACCUUUUCCCCAACUCUGCAAAGGAAAAGUUCCCGCACCCUGCCGCAGAAUCUGCUCUCAAUCUUGGGAUCGAACGAUGACUCUGGUGAGGAUACGCCAUCAUUGAAGAGGCCUCGGGAUAGUCGUCAAUUUGUCGAACGCCUGCGUGCUUUGCAAAAGAACUCAAAGACCGUGAAUCCCAAGGAUGUAAUUGGGCCGCCAAAGGCAAAGCUGGCAGAGAAGAAUCGCGAGGAUGGAUCAGAGAAGCUGGUGCAACAUACGAUACAGCGCAGGCUAUUGCUUCACUCACAGACGACUCCAACAAAGUCGACCCGUACACGCCUACCCUCGACUUCAAAUCAGUCUGCCUCUCAGCGAACAAAGAUUGAUUCAUCAUGUACGAAGACUACGGGCAAGACAACCACAGAUCCCGCCCCUACAUCAGUCACCAGCUCAGCGCAGAAAGUAGAUAAGGCCCAGAAUAUUGCAAGAGAAGACAGAGUCACUCGCAACACUCAAUGUGUAAGCCACCAGCAUCAACAAGAAUGGAAGAAAAUGUCUAGUCUGGCUGAAAUUAAGCAAGACGAAAAUAGUCAUUCCUCGAGGCCUGAGUCGCGAACCAAAAUUGGCCUUAAACGAAGAUCUUUGAAAGACGCCAGCUCUAAAUCCAAAGAUGUGGCUGCCGCCGACGAAUUUGACCUUCCGUCGGCUGACGAAGAACAGAAUCGAUCGAAAAAGAAGGCCAAAACAGUCAAAUCUAAGCAAUCGGCGGUCCCAGCAAUUACCAAUGCUUCUGAGAAGAAAACUGGAACCAAAAGGCAGCGAAUUCCCGGGAAAAUCGGCUCAAAAGGAGCAAGAACAAACCGGAGCCACUGA